ACUGGUUACGUUGGCGUAAAGUACAGUUCACAGCACAACAAUACCAAAAAACACCACAAAUAGUGGGGGAUGAUAUUCAUGCGAUACUUUUAAUCGAUAUGCUAUCGAUAUAAAUACAACACACAAACUUGAAUAAAAGGUUUAUUUUAUAUUUUUCUAUCACAAAUUGUUGCAAAAAUUUUAAAAUAUAUUUUUAAAAAAUGUAUUAUGCAUUUUUAUAUACUGUACAAUGACGAUGUUGAGGAAAUUUAUAUCGUACGAUAAGCCGCGAAAAUAUCGGGUAUUUGCGCGUAAAAUGUACAUAUCGAUAGCAAUAAAUUAUCGAUUUAGUCUGUACGUGCCUAUUAUAAAUAAAAAUAAUAAUAUUAAGCAUAAGUGUUGAUUUCGUGAAUGCACCGCUUUUAAAACGACCAUGGAAGUGGAAUAUGAUGAUUCCGGCUGGCAGGGCCGAGCAAAACAAACUGCAAGCGGCGAGGUUUGUUGUUAUUUUCAAUGUUUACGUCAAUUGCCAAUCAAAACAAUAAACUCGACUGUCAAUUUCAUAUUGUUGUUGCCAAUAUGCAGCAGGAAGUGCACGAGGAUAAUCCACAGAAAACAAUUAAAGAAUGUCUGGAGAAAUUCCUAACACCGGAUUACAUAAUGGAGCCGGGAAUAUUUACGCAAUUGAAGCGUUACUUCCAAUCUGGUGGCUCGCCCGAAGAAGUCAUUUCCAUGUUGUCGGAGAACUACAAAGCCGUCGCCCAGAUGGCCAAUCUGCUGGCUGAAUGGUUGAUAUUAGCCGGCGUCAAAGUGACUGAAGUUCAGGCAAUGGUUGAGAAUCAUUUGAAGGAAAUGAUUCUCAAGUCCUUCGAUCCAAAGAAGGCUGACACGAUAUUCACAGAGGAGGGUGAGACGCCAGAUUGGUUAACGGAGAUGAUAGAUCAUUAUACGUGGCGAUCGUUGAUAUAUCGUUUGGCCGAAGAAUACCCCGAUUGCCUUAUGCUCAAUUUUACAAUAAAACUGAUAUCAGACGCGGGCUUCCAAAGUGAAAUUACCUCAAUCUCGACGGCAGCGCAGCAAAUCGAAGUCUUCUCGCGUGUGCUAAAGACAUCGAUUGUCAAGUUCUUGAACAAUCCAGAUGAUGUGCACGGCGCGAUACAGGAGUGUGCUCGCAUGGUGUGUCAUGGCCAGCACACGUAUGUUUAUUCUCAGGUUCUGAUCCAGGUGCUCAGUCAGGAGCAGAAGGGUGGCUUCAACAUGAAGCGAUUGUCACAGGAGAUCAUCAAAUACGCACUGCAAAACAAUCAAAAUGUUACUCCCAUAACGAUGGCUCUGAAUGGUUCGGCUGUCUAUCCGCAGGCAUGUCAAGCGCUUACCUCAAUGCUAACACGCAAUACCUUGAAUCCGGCUGACAUUACGGUGCUGUUUCGCAACUAUUCGGGCUCUGAUCCGCCACCAAUUGACCUCAUACGCAAUCCACAAUUUCUCGAGCUGCUGGUCGAUGCCCUGUUCCGGGCGAGCGUUAAAAUCAAUCCCGAACACAAGCCAAAAUAUGUCUUUCUGCUGGCAUACGCAUCGUCCGUUAUCGAUCAGCCGGCAAAGAAGCGACCGCUAACGGAGCGGCUGCUCAACAAGGACGAGCUGAAGAGCACCAUACAGGCUAUUGAGAAGGCGCACGCUAUCUGCAUUGUGGAUCAGGGCUCAACGGAAUUGAUUGCCGAACUGCAGACGCUUUACAAUUGCAUUAAAUAUCCCGUUGUGGGCGUUGGUGUGAUACGUUGGAUUGAGAAUGUGGUGAUGGAACCAUCGUAUUUUAAGCUCUCCACCGACAGCUGUCCCACGCAUUUGGCUGUGCUGGACGAGGUGGCAGGCGUGCAUCCAACGUUACAGCAGCAAAUUUUAUUUCUAUUGAUUCGCUUAUUUGAAUCGAAACAGGAUGAGCUGGAGAUACUUGUGCAGUUGGAGAUGAAGAAGAUGAUAUUGGAUCGCAUGGUCAAUCUGCUGACACGCGGGUGUGUUGUGCCCGUGCUUCGCUAUAUUAAACAAUGCUGUGCCAUCGAGGACACGGACAUCUCGUUGAUACGUUAUUUUGUUACCGAAGUGCUUGAGACAAUAACGCAUCCAUAUUCCCCUGAAUUUGUGCAACUCUUUCUGCCCAUGGUCGAGAACGAGGAGAUCACCGGAACGAUGCGUGGCGAGGGCGAUAACGAUCCUGUUUCUGAAUUCAUUGUUCACUGUAAGCACAAUUACACCACUCUAUAGCAAACAAUUAUAUAGCAUUCUAAGUACAAAACCGUAUAUAUAAGUCCAUCAUGUAUGUGUAAAGAGUCCAGUUAUCAAAUUUUUCAUAUACGUAUAUAUUAUAUAUAUAUAAAUAUAUUCUAUACACUCGAUAUCAACACUCUUUUAAUGCGUUUUCCUUUUUUCCGCUCACUCGAAUCCAUGGUAAGCAAAUUCAAAGUUCACGUAGUUUUCGUUUGUUUUUUGUUUUAUUUUUAUUGCAACCAAUGAUCAUUAUUAGUAACUCAUACAGAGGAUCGUCGUCAAUUGCAUGAAUGCGUGUUUAAUUAUAAUAUGUUUUCUUUUGUUUCUCAUUUGUAACUAACUAAAAAAAAGUUUUUGUAUGUUGUGUUCCAACUUCUUAAAAUUAUGACUCGUUGCAACACUUUUUUUAAACAAAAAAUUGCAUUGACUAUGUAAUAUUUACACACAAAGUAAAAAAAAAAAAACAGAUUCAUUUAAAUAUACAAUAAUGUAAAUAUAAAAU